CUUCUACUGUGAAAGCUUCAAACGACAAAAGCAAAGACCAGCCAGAGACGAGAAGACCACGCACGCCCAUUGAUUCAUUCUCAGGAAUUUCCCGCGAAAACGAAUCUUCUGUGAGUGUAAAUCCUGAAUCAAACCCAUCAAAUCUUCAACAAUUUUAUACCCCGUAGCUUUUUAUUUUGUAUUUUGUAAUUUAUUUUUAUUAUUAUUAUUUUUUUUGCCGUUGAAAAGUUCAAAAAUUUCGACCUUUUUUUUUAUUUCAUGUAUUCGAAAAAAUUAUUGACUCGUCGGGGUUGAAAUCUGAUCAUUUCUUGGUGAGCAAUGCGCGUUAUAAUCCAGCGGUUGCGAAGUCAAACAUGAGAGCGAGAGAUCCAAGUCUACGUUCAAAGCUUUGGAAGGCCUAUAGAAAAACCAAACAGCCGAACAUUUCUUCAUACAUUAUCUCUGUUUUCUAAUAGGCCUCGUUUAUACAUGAAUUUGAUUAUAUUGUGAUUCUCAUGAUUUGGGUUAGCUGAUUUAUAGGUCUUUGUUUCUGGGUAUUGUUCAUUUGUGGCAAAAAUUGUCGUUUGGGUUCUCAGAUUCAUAGAUUUUAGGGGUUGUACUUGUCGCUGGUGUUGUCUGAAUAUAAACCCCAUCUCUUUUCUCGGCAAUUAUUGUUGUUUGGUCUCUCUCUCUGGUCUAUAUUCCUUAAAGCUUUACUAAGUGAAGUUAUCUUCUUCUACCUAUUUCUUCAUUUUCUAAGUUUAGUUAACUGGGGUUUUGUGCUUUUGGCUUGAAACCUUUCUUGGGUUUUCUGUUAUUUAAUUUAUUUAUAUUUGUUAACUUUUUUUUUUUGAAUUUUUGGUGGGUUUUUGGUUCUGUUUGUAUUUUGUUGUGGGUGGAAUUCUGUGAAAAAGUAGCAUUUUUUUAUUGAGAAAUUUGCUACUGUGAGGAGUAAAGCUUUUUUGGCUUUAUUACUGGGCUUUGUUUGAGUUUUGAAACUAGAAUUGGGAUUAGUUUGAGGCAAUCCUAGUUGGAGAGAAUGGUGACUGGCAGGAGAAGAAAGUUGCAUUUUAGCAAGAUCUACUCAUUCAGAUGUGGGAAAUCAUCUUUCUUGGAUGAUCACUCGCAGAUUGGAGGACCCGGGUUCUCGAGGGUAGUUUAUUCCAAUGAACCAGAUUGCCCCGAGGCCGAAAUUCGUAGUUAUGCAAGCAAUUAUGUAAGUACUACCAAGUAUACAGCUGCAUCUUUCUUGCCCAAGUCCUUGUUUGAGCAGUUUAGGAGGGUGGCCAAUUUUUACUUCCUUGUUACCGGCAUCUUGGCCUUCACACCCCUCUCUCCUUAUAGUGCUGUCAGCGCUAUUCUCCCUUUAAUUGUUGUGAUUGGGGCUACCAUGGUGAAAGAAGGCAUCGAAGAUUGGAAACGAAAACAGCAGGACAUUGAGGUGAAUAAUAGAAAGGUUAAAGUGCAUCGUGGUGGUGGAGUUUUCGGGGACACUGAAUGGAAGACUCUGAAAGUGGGAGAUAUAGUGAAGGUAGAGAAGGAUGAAUUUUUUCCAGCGGAUCUUCUCUUGCUUUCAUCCAGUUAUGAUGAUGCAAUCUGCUAUGUUGAGACUAUGAACCUUGAUGGGGAGACAAAUUUGAAACUAAAACAAGGAUUGGAGGCAACUUCAUUAUUACAUGAGGACUCUCACUUCAAGGAUUUCAAGGCUCUUGUUAAAUGUGAAGAUCCAAAUGCAAAUUUGUACUCCUUUGUUGGGAGUAUGGAAUUUGAAGAGCAACCGUAUCCUCUUGCUCCUCUUCAACUUCUCCUAAGAGACUCCAAACUCAGGAAUACAGACUACAUAUAUGGGACUGUUAUCUUCACCGGUAAUGACACAAAGGUUAUGCAAAACUCUACUGAUCCCCCUUCAAAGAGAAGCAAAAUUGAGAAGAAAAUGGACAAAAUAGUCUAUUUUUUAUUUUGCGUCUUAUUUUUAAUGGCUCUUGUUGGAUCAAUUUACUUCGGCAUUGUAACUGACAAUGACCUGGACGGUGGGAGGAUGAAAAGGUGGUAUCUAAGACCAGACAAUUCUACAAUAUUCUAUGAUCCCAAGAAAGCCCCACUAGCUGCAAUUUAUCAUUUCCUGACGGCACUAAUGUUGUAUAGUUACUUGAUUCCAAUCUCCUUGUAUGUGUCGAUAGAAAUUGUUAAAGUUCUUCAGAGCAUCUUUAUCAAUCAAGAUUUUCUUAUGUACUACGAAGAAACUGACAAACCAGCGCAUGCCCGUACAUCAAAUUUAACUGAGGAACUUGGCCAAGUUGACACAAUCCUUUCUGAUAAGACAGGAACACUGACUUGCAAUUCGAUGGAGUUUAUAAAGUGUUCUGUGGCUGGGACAGCUUAUGGCCGUGGUGUUACAGAGGUUGAGAAGGCGAUGGCUAAAAGAAAAGGAUCUCCAUUGGCUCCUCAUAUGGUUAACAGUGGGGACCGUGUCGAGGAUUCUGAUGAUACGAAAUUCAUCAAAGGCUUCAAUUUUAAGGAUGAAAGGAUGAUGAACGGGAAUUGGCUUAAGGAGCCCCAUGCAAACGUCAUACAUAAAUUUCUUCGUACAUUGGCAAUCUGUCAUACAGCCAUACCCGAAGUAGAUGAAAAUACAGGAAAUGUCUCAUAUGAAGCUGAGUCACCAGAUGAGGCAGCCUUUGUGAUUGCAGCUAGAGAACUUGGCUUUGAAUUUUAUGAAAGAACGCAAGCAAGCAUCUCAUUGCAUGAGUUGGAUCCUGUGUCUGGAAGAAGAACUGAAAGGUCGUAUAAACUUUUGAAUGUCUUAGAGUUUAAUAGCUCAAGAAAGCGGAUGUCUGUAAUAGUACGAAAUGAGGAGGGAAUGCUAGUGCUACUCUGUAAAGGUGCUGACAGUGUCAUGUUUGAAAGGCUUGCUAAAAAUGGAAGGGAGUUUGAAGAGGAGACCAGGGACCAUGUAAAUGAGUAUGCAGAUGCAGGCUUGAGGACCUUGGUACUUGCUUAUCGUGAACUCAAUGAGGAAGAGUACAAUGACUUCAAUAAGAAAUUCACAGAGGCCAAGAACUCUGUCAGUGCAGAUCGGCAGACAAUGAUUGAUGAAGCGGCAGAGACGAUUGAGAAGGAUUUGAUUCUUGUAGGCGCCACAGCUGUUGAGGAUAAACUCCAACAGGGGGUGCCUGAGUGCAUUGACAAGCUCGCCCAAGCAGGAAUAAAGAUAUGGGUUUUGACUGGAGAUAAGAUGGAAACUGCCAUUAAUAUUGGAUUCGCUUGUAGUUUGCUUAGACAAGGAAUGAAGCAGAUAAUAAUAAACUUGGAGACACCAGAAAUUAAAGCACUGGAGAAAAUGGGAGAAAAGAAUGCAAUCGAAAAGGCUUCGAAGGAGAGUGUUCGCCGCCAGAUAAGUCAAGGGAAGGCACAGCUGACGGCAUCGGGUGGAAGCUCUGAGGCAUUUGCUUUAAUCAUUGAUGGGCAAUCACUUGUAUAUGCGCUAGAGGAUGACAUGAAGAAUAUGUUUUUAGAACUUGCAGUUGGCUGUGCAUCUGUUAUUUGCUGUCGUUCAUCACCAAAACAGAAGGCACUGGUUACCAGACUUGUUAAAGUUGGAAACAGGAAGACCACACUAGCAAUUGGUGAUGGGGCCAAUGAUGUGGGAAUGCUUCAAGAAGCUGAUAUCGGGAUUGGAAUCAGUGGUGUUGAAGGAAUGCAGGCAGUCAUGUCAAGUGAUAUAGCGAUUGCUCAGUUCCGAUUUUUGGAGCGCUUACUUCUGGUGCAUGGACAUUGGUGUUACAGAAGGAUCUCGUCAAUGAUAUGCUACUUCUUCUAUAAGAAUAUCACAUUCGGUUUCACUAUCUUCUUCUACGAGGCAUAUGCAUCAUUCUCUGGGCAGCCUGCUUACAAUGAUUGGUUUUUAUCCCUUUAUAAUGUCUUCUUUACAUCACUCCCUGUGAUUGCCAUGGGCGUUUUUGACCAAGAUGUAUCAGCUCGGUUUUGUCUCAAGUUCCCUUUGCUGUACCAAGAAGGUGUACAGAAUGUCCUCUUCAGCUGGCGUCGUAUAAUUGGCUGGAUGCUCAAUGGGCUUUUGCAAGCCAUCAUUAUCUUCUUCUUUUGCACUAGAGCAGUUGAACCUCAGGCCUUCAACAAUGAUGGAAAAAUUGCCGAGUUGGACGUCUUUGGGGCAACAAUGUAUACAUGUGUUGUUUGGACUGUGAACUGCCAGAUGGCCCUCGCAAUAAAUUACUUCACCUUGAUUCAACAUAUCUUCAUUUGGGGUGGCAUUGCCCUCUGGUAUCUUUUCCUCUUGGCAUAUGGAGCUAUGCCUCCCAGUUAUUCCACCACUGCUUUCAAAGUCUUCGUCGAAUCCCUUGCUCCGUCCCUCACCUUCUGGCUCGUCACACUCUUAGUGGUGAUAGCAGCCUUGAUUCCUUUCUUCUCCUACUCAGCAAUUCAGAUGCGGUUCUUUCCAAUGUUCCAUAAUAUGAUUCAGUGGAUACGGAUUGAGGGGCAAUGCGAUGAUCCUGAAUACUGCAAUAUGGUUCGGCAGAGAUCAAUAAGGCCUACAACUGUAGGUUUUACAGCGCGUUUAGCAGCAAGAAAUAAUCGCUCAAAAGACAGGGUUCAUCAUCAUAGAUAAUAUCUGCAGGUGCAUACUUUGAUGGUUGGUCAUGGAAGAGCGCCGACUUCGGAUUUUUUUGUUGGUGAAAUAGGAUUCUGACCAUUGUAAAUGAUUGAAGUUGAAAGCUGGGCUGCUUCUACUUUGACAAAAAAGCUAUGCCUCUGACAUUACAAGUCCACAAUGCCUAUGUACAUUAGUGUUAAUCAGUUUGUACAUGUAAAAUGGGCAUAAGGAGGCCCAAAGCUUAUAUCUUCAUGUUUUGAGUGCAUGAGGCUGCAUAUAUGUAUUUUUUCAGUCAUGUAUUUUGUACAUAGGCGAAUUUUAUAUCGUAGAGAAGUGAGGGAUUCAUUGUAAGUAUGACACUUGCAUCUUUUUGUUAAGAAAGAGUAUAGAAAAUCUCUCUCUAUUUCAAUAACUCUCUCUUUUUGUGUAAUUUUUUUAAAAAUUUAAUUUAUUUGUA